UCAGUGCAGUGGACGAGACGUUCAUCAUUUGUUUGGAGUGUUUGGACUGUUGUAUUGAUUUAUGUGUAUUACUAGUUCUCUAUUCUUCCACUUGAGCUGAACUUCCGGCAGCCUAGAGCUACGACAUGGGUAUUCCAAAGGUUUUGCUCAUAAAAGUCAUAACGUUAGUAUCGGUUUGCACGAGCGCUCAGUACCAACCCAACUGGGACUCGAUCGACUCGCGGCCCCUUCCCGCGUGGUAUGACCAGUCCAAGUUCGGUGUCUUCAUUCACUGGGGACUCUACAGCGUACCAAGCUUCGAACCCAACAGUGAGUGGUUCUGGUGGAGAUGGAAAGGCAGUGAUCCAUGUCCUGAUGUGGACAAGUUUAUGAAAGACAAUUACAAACCUUACUUCACAUAUUCUGACUUUGCUUCCAGUUUCAGAGCUGAGUUCUUUGACCCUUAUGAGUGGACAGAUAUCCUUCAAGCCUCUGGAGCAAAAUAUGUAGUAUUGACGAGCAAGCACCAUGAUGGGUUUACAAACUGGCCUUCAAAAUAUUCAUGGAACUGGAACUCUGAUAUUGGACCAAGGAGGGAUCUUGUAGAUGAACUUGCUAAUGCAUUACGUAAUGAAACUGACAUUCGCUUUGGGCUCUACUAUUCGCUUUAUGAAUGGUUUAAUCCACUGUAUCUAGAAGAUAAGGCUAAUAGAUUCACAACCAAUGAGUACUGUGUGCAAUUGCUUUGGCCAGAGUUGUUGGAGCUUGUAAAUAAGUAUAAACCUGAUGUUUUAUGGUCUGAUGGAGACACGCAGGCUUACGAUAUUUACUGGAACAGUACAGAGAUCCUGGCCUGGCUUUAUAAUUAUAGUCCAACAAAGGACACCAUAGUGACCAAUGAUCGUUGGGGAUACGGCACUAGAUGCAGACAUGGAGGUUUUCAUACCUGUGAAGAUGAGCAUAAACCUAUGAUUCUGCGGAAGCAUAAAUGGGAGAAUUAUGUGAGUAUUGACAAAGCAUCAUCAGGAUUCAGACGUACCGCCUCACUUACUGACUAUAGAAACAUGGAUGAACUCGUUGAAUUACUUGCUAGCACUGUCAGCUGCAACGGCAAUCUUAUCAUUAAUAUUGGCCCGACAGCUGAGGGUGAUAUCAUACCCAUCUAUGAAGAACGUCUUAGAUCCAUGGGUGAUUGGCUGAAGGUGAAUGGAGAAGCUAUCUUUGAAACUAGGCCUUGGAGGGCACAGAAUGAUACUGUCACCAAAGGAAUCUGGUAUACCAACAAGACGACUGGUGUCUAUGCUAUAAUCCUGGACUGGCCAGCGAACAAUGAGCUGUUUCUAGGUGCCCCUAUUCCUUCCUCGCAGUCCUCCCUGUUCAUGUUGGGGUAUAACCAGCCAUUGAAAUGGUCUGGAUAUGCUGGUAAACCCGGUAUCCACGUUACCAUGCCCCAACUCAACCCAGCGACAAUGCCAUGUCAGUGGGCUUGGGUGAUUAAGAUGACAAUGAUUCAGUAAUAGAGAGAGAUGUGGGAUGGGUUGGUUGCAGGGGAGAAGGACACGUGUCGUGUGCACUGCUAUCCAUAAUGUGUGACUGAGCAGCAUAGCAAUUCUGUAAAAUAUAAAUUUGCUUAUUAGAAAUAGUAGUAGUCCAGUGGGUAAGUUUCGUACUUUGAACCACAAAGUACCAGGUUCAAAUCUCUACAGCAACAGGAAUGUACUUCGGUGAAACAUGAAUCUACAUUUGUGACAUAUGAUUCAGGUGAGGUAAAUGGAUACUUGGCAGGAAUCACUUUCUUUUAAAGCAGAUGUGCACUGGCAGUCUUAAAGGGGAAGUUCACCCUGACAAAAAGUUUAUUGUAGAAUAACAGAA